AUGUCAUACGAUUACGAAGCAUAUGAUAUGCCCGAUGACGAUGAGGAGGAGGAAUGGUCUAAUAACGGAACUGGCGGUCAAACAACUACUCCGAACAAUAUAUAUGGAGGAGUUAGUGGUAGACAAGCAGUUCUGCCAUGGAAUAGAUUAGGAGGAACUGGUAGUGAACUACCAUCGUCUCAAAGUAGUCCUUAUGGCGUAUAUGGUGGUAAUCUUACAACUGCACCAACCAAUAUAUAUGGAGGAACCAGUGGUGGACAAGCAGUUCUGCCAUCUAAUAGAUUAGGAGGAACUGGUGGUGGGCUACCAUUGUCUUCAAGUAGUCCCUAUUGCGGAUAUAAUGGUAAUCUUACAACUGCACCGACCAAUAUAUAUGGAGGAACCAGUGGUAGACAAGUAGUUCUGCCAUCUAAUAUAUUAGGAGGAAUUGGUGGUGGGUUACCAUUGUCUCCAAGUGGUAAUUAUGACGGACUGGGUGGUCAAAGAACGACAUCAACAUCUAUUCAACCCCAAUGGAACUCUAGUGCUGGACAAAGAACAUCAUCUUCAGCAUCUUUGGCUAGAAGUAGUUAUCAAUCCCAACGGAGCACUUCUAGUCGUUCAUCUAGAGGUCUACCAUCCUCUCGCAGUAGUAGUUUCGGGGGACUUGCUGGUGGGCCAAGACGUACAACUUCACCAAACAGUGGCUAUUCUAGCGGAGGAUAUCUUCCGAUGGCUACUGGUCGUCAAAGAAGCACAUCAACAUCUAUUCAACCCCAAUGGGACUCUAGUACUGGACAAAGAACACCAUCUUCAGCAUCUCUGGCUAGAAGUAGUUAUCAAUCCCAACUGAGCACUUCAAGUCGUUCAUCUAGUGGUCUACCAUCAUAUGGAAGUAAUAGUUACGGAGCUCGUAGUCGUACAACUUCGUCAAGCAGUGGCAUUUCCAGCAGAGGAUAUCCUUCUAUGGCUACUAGUGGUCAAAGAACGACAUCAACAUCAAGUCAACCACAAUGGAGUACUUCUAGUAGUAGCUAUAGUGGUGGUGGACUAGCAAUGCCUGGGACUAGCAAUCUUGGAGCAUACAGUUCUGGUGGGUUAUCAUCGUCCCAACGGCAUCAACAUCUAUUCAAUCUCAAUGGGGCUCUAGUACUGGACAAACAACACAAUUUUCACCAUCUAUUGGCAGAGGUAGUAGUAGUCAAUCACAAUGGGAUACUUCAGAUAGUAGCUAUAGUGGUGGUAGACUAG